UUCCCAGGGUAUGGCCAAAACUCUGCAGCAGCUUUCUCGGAGUCAGGCCAUGGCACAGGAAACAAUGCCAGGCGCCUCCCUGGAGGGGAGUCAUCCCACCUACACGUACAAGGUGGUUCUGCUGGGCAGCAUGUCGGUGGGGAAGUCAAGCCUGGCCUACCGAUACGUGAAAAAUGACUUCAGGGAGUUCCUGCCAACCGUGGGCUGCUCCUUCUUCACACGCACACACAACCUGGAGGCAGCCACCGUCAAGUUUGAGAUCUGGGACACGGCAGGCCAGGAGAAGUACCAAAGUGUCUGCCACCUCUACUACCGGAAUGCCCACGCUGCUCUCCUUGUUUAUGACAUUGCUAAGAAGGAAACACUCAAGAAAGCAAAGCUGUGGGUGGAGGAGCUGGAGAAGAAAUUCCUCCCUGAUGAAAUUGUCAUUGCUUUGGUGGGCAACAAAACAGACCUUGCUGCUGAGCGAGAGGUCACCACUGAGGAGGGGGCAGAGUUUGCACGGAUAAAAGGCCUCCUGUUCAUGGAGACAUCUGCAAAAUCCAACCAUCAAGUAAAUGAUAUCUUCAUGGCCAUAGUCCAAGAGCUCCUGCGUCGGGAAAAAGAGAAGGCAUCUGCCCCAUCCCCACACAAGAGAUCAACAAUUGACCUGAAGGAGGGCACGCCAGAGAGGAGGUGCUGCUGGCUCUGAGGACAUGCAACUCUGGACCUCAGCCAUGACUGGAUGAAGUCUCCACGAGGAGCAGUGGGGACUCAGAAGUGCAGAAGCAGCUCAGCCUGACCACCCUCCCCCUUAAAGCGAGUUCAGAGCCCACCCCGGGUGCACAGGGCCUCUUCAACCCUCUAGCACUGUCUUCACCCGAGAGCUAAAGCACAGGGUUUUCUUCCACCAAGCUUCCACUUCCAGAGAAGAGCACAACCUGCUAGCAACACUACCACCAACCCUGACUGGUGACAUCCCCCCACCCCAGCUGCACAUCACCUCCUCCAUCUCCCUUUCCAUCUGAAAAGGGAGGGUUUAGCUUUCCAGAGCAAAGCAGGUGCAUUCUGGGGACU